AUGUCAUAUGAUGUCUGGAACCCUAAGAAGACCUGCUUUCUUCUAGGUCUACAUGGAAGAGUUAAUGUUACUGUUAUUGCUGCUACAAAUCGUCCUGACAAGAUUGAUCCUGCCCUUCUUAGACCAGGGUGGUUUGAUCGACUCCUAUAUGUUGGACCCCCUAGUGAAACAGAUCGUGUUGACGUAUUUCAUGUUCAUUUGCGUAAAAUGCCUUGCGGUUUUGAUGUUGAUGUAAGCGAGCUGGCUCAUCUCACUGAAGGUUGUACUGGUGCUGACAUAUCUUCGAUCUGCAGGGAAGCAGCAAUUUCAGCAAUUGAAAUUAUUGAUGAUUCAAGUGGUAAUAGUAAAAUGUAG